AUGACGAUUCAAGUCGCCGGCGCUGCAGCCGUGCGUCGCCGACGGCUGAUUGAUAUCUAUGGAUGUCGUACAAUUAAGUCGACGCUGCUGGCUGGCUGGCUAUCCUGCCCGGCCGCCCAAGGGGGGGGGGGGUGUAUGGGUCGUGUGUGUGGUGGUAGUGGUGCUCUGGGAGCGAGAAAGCCUUAG